AUGUGGGACCACGUUGAGCAUGGCUCCUGUCCCAUUCUCGCCUUCAAGAGGCUACCACCACACUCGUGUGUUGUCAUUUAUGAAGCACAAAACAAAACACGCCAGAAUCGGAAACGACAUGCCACAAGCCAUGCCUGGGAAGUUGCUGGGAAGUGGGGGGUAGCUGGAGCACAAGAGAAGGCUUAUGCAGCAGGGGAGCUCAAGAUUCCCCUGCGACAUAAUCCCUACACCUUGCCCUCCUCUCGCAACUCAAUCUUGAACAUCAUCCCGAAUCUCUUGUCAGAGGGACCUGGGAAGGUCAUGUUUGGAAGUUGCUGUAGGAGUACUCAGGAAUGA